AUGGCAUCGAUUUUGGCCAGCUCCAAAGACGAUGAAUCUGUAAAGAAAGAAGACUUGGAGCUUGUCCAUCUUGAGGAACAAGAGCUGUCACAGCGCAAGUCCGGCAAUGAAUCACCUGUGUAUGAUAUUGACGAAGCACAUCAGAAAAGGGUCAUUCGACGAGUUGAUCUCCGCCUCCUCCCAAUUCUUGGAAUCAUGUAUUCCAUAUCACUUAUCGAUAGAACGAACCUUGGUCUUGCGUUUGUGGCAGGGAUGGAGGAGGAUCUUGAACUUGACAUCGGCAACAGAUAUACAAUCGUUGUGAUGGUUUUUUUCGUGGCAUACAUAAUAUUCGAGAUACCUAGUAAUUUCAUACUUCCUCGAGCCGGUGCCGCAAACUGGUUAGCUUUUCUUGGAUUGAGCUUUGGGGUGAUCUUGAUCGGCAUGGGUUUCACCAAAAGUUGGACUACAAUGGUAGCUUGCCGAGUUCUGCUAGGCUGCACCUAUCUAAUUACAUGUUGGUACACACGAUUCGAGGUGGGGAAAAGACUAGCCACUUUCUGGCUGGUUUCUGUUGUGCUGAACGCUUUCGCGGCAAUUUUUGCCUAUGCCUUGACCCUGCUAGACGGAACCUAUGGUCUGAAUGGAUGGCGCUGGAUUUUCAUCGUCGAAGGUGCUAUCACUAGUGGUAUCUGUUUGAUUGGGUGGUUUAUCAUCAUCGAUUUUCCGACCCAAGCAGAUACGUUUCUCAAGCCAGAGGAAAAGCAAUUCAUCAUCGCCCGUAUCAACAACGACAGCGGAGAUGCGGAAGAGGAUCCAAUUACUAUGGAAAGGGUUCUUCAUCACCUCAAAGACUGGAAGCUGUAUGUCUGGGCAUUCAAUCUCAUGGCCUCCACCCUGCCCGGAUAUGCGUACAGCUACUUCAAGACAGUCAUCCUCAUGGGCAUGGGCUUUAGUAACACGCAGAGCCAGCUCCUUAGUGCUCCACCUUACAUUAUUGCUGCAUUGUUUACAUAUUUAGGUGGCUGGUUCACCGAUAAAUAUCAAAUCCGCGGGCCGGUGAUUGUUAUUCAUCAACUUCUGACAGCACUUAUGGGGGGUGCAAGUGGGGCAAGAUACUUUGGGAUAUUCAUGGGUGUGGGAUUCCUACAGUUUUGUAUCCCCGGUGUGCUCGCAUUUCAAGCAAACAACAUUACUUCCCACUCGAAGCGUGGGGUCGCAUCAGCAACCUGUCUGAUUGGGGGUGGCCUUGGGGGUAUUAUUGCCAGCGUCGCCUUCAAGUCGGAUGAAAGCCCGCAUUAUACUACGGGCAUUUGGGUGACCUUUGGUUUCUCGAUGGCUAGCAUAUUCUUGACGCUAAUGAUGGACUUUUACUUUUGGAAAACAAACAAAAAGGCCCGAGAGACGAAUGGCCAGAUUGAAGGCAUGACAGGAUGGUAUUACACUCUUUGA